AUGGCCGUUAGCCUCACUGCCUGGCUCGAAGAGGAACUCGCGACCCAGUUGCUGCUUGGUAACCAUUGGCUGCAGGAGAAGAAUAAGCAGAAGCAGUCGGGCGUCAAGGCAGACCCGGAGCGAGUGUGGAGAGGACUCUACCACGACAACGGCUCGUGCCUCGAAAUCACCAACGACAUCCACCCAGACCGCAACAGCUUCCUCAAGAUCAUCCAGUUCUCACCUUACCUGUUCACUGACGGUAACACGCAAAUUGGCGCCGUGCUUUCGCCAGCGUGCUUCAGAUACCUUCACCCGAGAGCCCAGAUCCACGACGUGGUUCGCAUCCGGAAAUACACCAUCCGCUUCACGUCCUACGGCCCGCCUGACGAGCAUCUUCAAUUCAUCAUCGACUCCGUCGAUUGGCUCGGGUACCAUAGCGCAGGGAAUCAGCAGCAGAACGUUGACGAGCUGAAGCCUCUCUGGUCCGCGGAGCUGCGCAAUAUCACCCGCCAGCUUCACGAGACACGAGCCCGCGAAGACCGCAGAUGCCUGGACCCCGACAAUUCGCCUGAGCAGGGAGCAGACGAUACAUCAGUCGCCAUGGCCGGCUCAGACGAGGCGGGCUCCCAGUCGCACACGCAAGUGGAGUUUGGCACACAACUCCCACAGGAUGAUGGUCCACGAUUUCUAGGCGUGAACAGACGGGAGCCUGUGCUGGCAGGCAAUACACAGCGAGAAGAGAUUAGGCCAGUUCCUCUGAAACCUGCAAAGCCAGUUUUCAACGAUCGCAAGAAGCUGCUCGGCUUGCUGCAUAAGCCCUGUGGCCUCGACGCGACACCAAAGAGUGAAGUGGACCAGCUGCAAAAACUUGCCUCUGAGUGCUCAUGGAUGCAAGAUCUUGAGUUCACGCGCGAAACUUUCCGCGUACCCUCCGAACAAUUGAACAUAUUACGGAAAGAGGACAGCUGGCACAAGCCAAGGCCAGGCUGCAAAUUCCCUGACGGCAACAUACCCAUUCAUAUUCUUACCAUGCUCUACAGGCAGGCCGACGAGAAUGCAGCCCUGGAUGCGGGGCCAGACUCCGACGAUGAGAUGGACGAAGACCCAUCACCAGAAUUCCCCGUCGAAUCCACAAAUGCCUCUGCAGAAUCAGCACCUCAGACGACUCCGGAUGACCAGCUUCCGACAAGCCAAGUAUCAUGGUCCGCCUCUCCCACCCCCGAGCCACCAAGACUGCCAACUCGGUCGAAUCAACAGCUACCUCCCGAUUCAAGCUUCGAACCCGUGGACCAUAUGGGCCCUGCAGAAGACGAUGAUGCUGGGAAGUCUAUUGUUUCCUCGCAGAUACAAGAUCCCAUCCUUAUAGACUCAUCCAACGAGGACGAACAGAACGACCCGCCCUCAUCGCCGCCGGUCGCAGAGGAUGCUGCAGACACGGAUGAAGAUAUGGAGAUGGAAGAGCACGUGCCACAAGCACUCGGAGAAGACAGUGUGGAGAGGGUGAUCGACCUACCGCAACGUUCGGUGCCAGCUGCAUCACCACCGCCCCGCCCUGUUGUUCAAGUGAAAGAAACUCCAUACGUCAGAAACAAGAAUGGUCAGCUUAGGACACAGGCCGACCCUGCUCCAUCGCGAAAGCUGAGUUCCAGUGGCACGUCAAAGCACACUUCAUCCACUUCAAUUGUGCAUGGUACCUACAACGAUAAGUCCUCGUCGGAUCUGCAGGUCAACGCCGCUCAAACGGAUAUCAAUGUCACUGAUCUAGAGCAAGGGCUUCAAAAGGACGGGCUUCAGCUCAAGCAAUGGGAACGAGAAGUUGCACAUGAGAUUAGUAGUCCAGUCUUGGAUAACGCGCCUUUGGAGAUGAUUGGAAAUCACUCCGCGAUGCCAGAAGCGAUAGGUGCGUCGCGUGAUUUACAACCAGCGAUAGGGAACGACUCUCCAAGGAAGUCAAUGGUGCAGGACGCGACGAUAAUUGAAGUACCAGAGCCGAAUCUCGUAUCUGCCCAUAUGCCACCAUCCAACUCAGGACCCAUUGCAGAGCCCAGCCCACCUCAUCCUAUAGAAGGACGCCCAGCUGGCGAAGACGGAAAGAGAGCAAUGCUUUCAAAAAGCCCUUCGCGUACUCCAGGCGCUCUCAAGCGCAAGCACGAUAACUCGCUAUCAAGGAAAAACAGUCGGCAAUCAAAAAGACGAGAGAUCAAGAUCGUCGGCUUCGGCGAUGAUCCACCAGACUUGACAGAUCCAGCGUUAACAAUACGACAUUAUCGCGAAGAGUCUCUACGGCAAUACCGAGAAGCUCGCAAGUCAAGCUCAAGUGUUGAAAACGGGCCACAAUCUGCUGCAAAGGCUGAGGCACCGCAUGGAGGCGAUGCUAUGCAGAUAGAUACAUCCGCUAUAUCACCAAUGGCUACUCCUGUCCCUCUAUCACCACUACAUGACAGUUUGCACAAGGAGCCAAGUCCAGCUUUUCCAGUCGUGGAAGAUGCGACAGCAGCAGCAAUGCGCUCAGCCUCAGUCACGGUGCCUACCGAGGGUGUCCAGCGCGUUUCCACGCCGGAAGUCUCAAGGCCACAAGCUUCACAUGUCGCAACGAGUACCAGAAAAGCGGCGUCGAGCGUUUUUGAAAGAUUCAAAGCGGCUUAUCCAGAAUACACAGGGGACACGAAACAUUUCCAAGGGCAAUGCACACAGAUAAUUCAACUGGACCGAGAAGAUAAGAUGGUGCCAAAGUGGCAAUGGGACGACUAUAUCAUACGCAAUAGGACAGAUUACAAGGAUUAUGCCGUGGAGCGCAUGGAUCAAGGCGAGAAUCCCGAGCCGUAUCAUCGUUUCUACAAAGACAUGAUACGCGACACGAUCUAUCGAAAAGGUAUCAUCGAGGGACGAAAUACACUGAUUCGGGCAUUACAGCAGCUCAACGCCCCAUUACCAGAGCGCGAACCUAGGGAUUCUCCAAAGGAUCCAUCUAGGAAAGAAAAGCGCGCGAGAGCAUCGCUCCCUAGCGCUUUCCACCAGGCCAAACCUAUCUCCAAAAAUCAUCAAGCAAUUUCAGCGCCAGAACGACCGCGCAACUCCCUGCCACCACGACCCCAGCACAACUCUCAUACGCCUGCAACGGAUCCGCAUAUCCGCAAUGCUCAACCACUGCCACCAGCAGUGUCUCGUGACUUUACGUCAAAUGAGCGAUCAAGUCCUAGACCUCAUUCUCUGUCUCGCCUAUCACUCGAUGGGGCCGCUUCACCAUGCACCACCCCAGGAGCAGACACAACAGCGGGCGCUAGCGACCCCUUCCGAGACUUUGUCUUUGCAUACCAAAGAACAACAUCGUUCACAGGGAGCACGAAAGUGAGUCCAGGACCACACCGUAACAGAGGGCGGAAAAGCUAA